AUGGAGGGCGCGGGGGGCGGCGCGGCCGAGCGGGCGCCGCUGCUGGGCGCGCGGCGGGCGGCGGGCGGCGCGUUCGCGGGGCGGCGCGCGGCGUGCGGGGCCGUGCUGCUGACCGAGCUGCUGGAGCGCGCCGCCUUCUACGGCGUCACGGCCGACCUGGUGCUGUUCCUCAACGGCGCGCCGUUCGGCUGGGAGGGCGCGCAGGCCAGCCAGGCGCUGCUGCUCUUCAUGGGCCUCACCUACCUGGGCUCGCCCUUCGGCGGCUGGCUGGCCGACGCGCGGCUCGGCCGGGCGCGCGCCAUCGGGCUCAGCCUGGCGCUCUACCUGCUGGGCAUGCUGGCCUUCCCGCUGCUGGCCGCGCCCGCCACGCGCGCCGCGCUCUGCGGGGCCCCGCGCCCGGCGCUGCCGCGCAACGACUCGGCGCCCGCGGCCAACGGCAGCGCCGCCCUCGCCGACGCCGACGGCACCGCGCGCCGCUGCGCGCCCGCCACCUUCGCGGGGCUGGCGCUCGUGGGCCUGGGCGUGGCCACGGUCAAGGCCAACAUCACUCCGUUCGGCGCCGACCAGGUUAAGGACCGAGGGCCAGAAGCCACGAGGAGGUUUUUCAAUUGGUUCUAUUGGAGCAUUAACCUGGGUGCCAUCGUCUCCUUGGGAGGCAUUGCCUACAUCCAGCAGAACGUGAGCUUUGUCACCGGCUACCUGAUCCCCACCAUCUGUGUGGGCGUGGCCCUCGUGGUCUUCCUCUGCGGCCAGAGCGUCUUCGUCACCAAGCCGCCUGACGGCAGCGCCUUCACCGACAUGUUCAGGAUCCUGACCUACACCUGCUGCUCCCGGAAGCGGCGGCGAGAGCGCCCGAGCAGCGGUGAAGGCAUUGGAGUCUUUCAGCACUCUUCUAAACAAAGUCUGUUUGAUUCAUGUAAGAUGUCUCACGGGGGGCCGUUCACAGAAGACAAAGUGGAAGAUGUGAAGGCGCUGGUCAAGACUGUCCCUGUGUUCUUGGCCUUGAUCCCUUACUGGACAGUGUAUUUCCAAAUGCAGACAACGUAUGUCUUGCAGAGCCUUCAUUUGAGGAUUCCAGAAAUCUCGAGCAUCACCACCGCCCAUCACACGUUCCCGGCCGCCUGGCUCACCAUGUUCGACGCGCUGCUCAUCCUGCUGCUCAUCCCGCUCAAGGACCGCCUGGUGGACCCGGUGCUGCGCAGGCACGGCCUGCUGCCCUCCUCGCUGAAGAGGAUCGCCGUGGGCAUGUUCUUCGUCAUGUGCUCCGCCUUCGCCGCCGGAAUUCUGGAAAGUAAAAGACUGGACCUGGUCAAGGAGAAGACCAUCAACCAGACCAUCGGCAACGUGGUGUACCACGCGGCCGACCUGCCCAUCUGGUGGCAGGUGCCGCAGUACGUGCUGAUCGGGGUCAGCGAGAUAUUCGCCAGCAUAGCAGGUCUCGAGUUCGCCUACUCGGCCGCCCCCAAGUCCAUGCAGAGCGCCAUCAUGGGGCUCUUCUUCUUCUUCUCUGGCGUCGGCUCCUUUGUGGGCUCAGGGCUGCUGGCGCUGGUGUCCGUCAAGGCCAUUGGAUGGAUGAGCAACCACACGGACUUCGGCAACAUCAACGGCUGCCACCUGAACUACUACUUCUUCCUGCUGGCCGCCGUGCAGGGGGCCACGCUGCUGCUCUUCCUCCUGGUCUCCGUGAGGUACGACCGCCAGCGAGCCAGGGCCGGUGGCGCGGUCGCCAGCGCCAGGGCCUGACGCAGCCGGGGCCGCCAGCGGCAGACUGCACCGACCGAGGCGUCCGUGACAGACUGGGGGCGCCCGAGGACAGUGGGGUGUGGCCCAGGUGCCCCGAGUGUCCCGCUUCGCCCAGGUUCGCAUGCUCCUGGGGGGGUGAGCGCCUCGCAGCGCCCCGGCCCCCGCAGGCGGCUUCUCGCCACCCCGGCCGCUGCUGAGCCUGUGGCUGUGUCCUCGUCAGCAGCCCCGAAGCUCUGCUCGCACUUGUUUGCCAAGUAGUGACGUCUGCUGACGCUGGGCGGGGGUCUCUGGAGCCCCACGUGUGGUCAGCACCGCUGGGAUCUCACGGAGGGCCAGGCCCGUGGUCCCCGCCAGCCCCAGAGCUGCGUGUGCCAUCCGGAGCUCCGCUCUGCGUCACUAACUUUUCCUUACGUCGGAAUGCGCACCGGCACUCCAGAAGACCAUCCUGUCUCCACCGUGGGCACUGCACGGUACUGGGGGCCCCUCCUGUCUCCCCGGGCGCCGCACAGGUGUCAGGGGCUCCGCCUGUCUCCCCGGGUGCCGCACAGGUGUCAGGGGCUCCGCCUGUCUCCCCAGGCGCCGCAGGGCUGUCGGGGGCUCCCCAGGCAGUCUCGCACAUGGCUUCAUCUCCUAACAGAGACGGCCGGCCAAGCGUGGCUGUCCAGACCGGAAGUGAUGUCACCCAGAGGAACGGUGUGACGUUGACCUGAGCUGUUGGUACCUGACGUCUGGGGUCUCCGUUGAACUAAAUGGUUGUGAAUUUGUUGCUGUAUUUUGGAAUAACUUGGAUAAAAGCAGCUCGAGCUUGCCGCCGUGGA